AUGUGCCGAACAACAGAUUUCGACGGAUUCAAUUUCAAGCCCAGAAGCAGGAACCCGCUCAAGAUCAAAUCCUUCUUCUGCCGCUUCUCCGGCUUCCACCGCCGCACCUCCUUCCCCGACUCCCUCACCCUCUGCUUCCUCCCCCGGGUCAACGGGACGGAGCUCCAGAUCGACGGCUCCAAGACCCGGCCCGACUCCACCGCCUUCCUCGAGCUCCACCGGCUCGUCGACGUCAAAUCGAAGUCCGGCGAGGCGGUCUACGGCUCCAGGGAAUCGGUCAAAUCCACCGGCGGGGUCAGCUUCGAGGUCUACCUGCGGGACGAGCGACUCCUGGAAGGGAUCUUCACCAAGGACGAGGAACACGAGUGGAAUCUCGAGUGCCGGUGUCGCGUCGAGAACGCCGCCGUCGUCGGAUGCGCGGCGGCGGCGGCGGCGGAUGUCUGCGUGGCGGUGGAGGAUCGGGUGGCGGCGUUGAGCGAGAGAGUGAGGUUGGUAGCUCCGCCGAGGAGGAAGAAAGGAGGGAGCUGCCGCAAAGGGCGGCGGAUUGACAGGCUGGUUGUGAUCCCCGAGGACGCGGAGGAUGACGACGACGAUGAUGAAUCGGACGGUCCGUGUUGCUGCGAUUGCGAUGGUACGGAUGGUGGAUCUAGCGGUGGCGAGUGGGAGGAAGUGAGUGGGCCGGGCUCGCCUGGUAGUGAGGGGACGGAUGAGGAGAUGGACUUGGAGGGAGUUGGAUGGGCCGUGGAUGUUGGGCUUUGGGUCAUGUGUUUGGGUGUGGGCUACUUGGUCUCUAAGGCCUCAACCAAGCGGCUUAGGCGCAUGAGGAUACUCUGA